UAUCUUCACUCUCCAUUCCCUGACAUUCUCUGCUUCUCCGAUAAUAACUAGUCAUUCUCCUUCAUCAGGAGAAGUUCACUCUGGUGUGCAUUGACUGUGCUACUCUUAUCACCAGCUGGAGCUACAGCACCUUAUUCGAGCUAUCUAUCUUAUCUAUCAGGCCCUUGCCGGUCGCAGUGUCAUGACCAUCCGAUCCAUGAAGUUUACUCCAGAAGUUCUCCUGGGAGCUCCUCGGCGCUCUGGCCCUGUGCCGAAUGCCUCAGGCACCCUUGCGGUGUACACCCAGACCACCUAUUCGUUCGAAUCCCACUCCAAGACCAACGAGAUCCGAGUCUUGGACAUCGAGAGCGGCCGAUCGGCUUUGAUCACAAACGACGCCGGCGCCAGCUGCCCUCAGUGGCUAGGUGACAGCAAUCAGCUCGUCUGGCUGAAGGCCAAGGCGAACGGCAACACGAGCUUCAUCAUCGGCGAUGCGCGCGAAGCAGACAAAACCUAUACCGCAGGCACGGUGCCUGGCCCAGUCUCGGAUCUCAAGGUCACAGUUGUCGAACCUGGAAGGAUUGGCUUUGCGGUCACCGGCAAGGCCAAUACGGACGGCACCUUGUACAACCCGCACGACGCGAAGAAGCCGACCAGUACCGGGCGCCUUUAUACUUCGCUGUUCGUGAGACACUGGGACUCGUAUGUUGAGCCCCAGAAGAAUGCCAUCUGGUAUGGUCUGCUCCAGCAGGCGCCCCUGUCUCCGCCCACUCGACAAGCGGGCAAGUACGCUGUCUCAGGGCUCACCAACUUGAUUCAAGUGUGUGGCUUGACGGGCGUGGAAUCGCCGAUUCCUCCGUUUGGGGGCACGAGCGACUUUGACAUCAGUCCGGAGGCCAUUGUGUUCGUGGCCAAGGAUCCGAGCUUGAACCCCGCCACACACACGUCCUGCUCAUGCUACUACUGUCCGAUGUUCUCCUGGACAAGUGUGACUGCAAUGGAGACUCGAGUGUGCGCUUUGAAGGGCCUCGAAGGAGCCAUGUCUUCCCCAGUUCUGACUUCGGAGGGUAGCUCCAUCGCGCUCCUCGCGAUGCGUGAGGACGGCUAUGAGUCAGAUAAGCGACGAAUCCUCUACGUGCCUAACCCCUGGAGUGGUGAGAUGAUCGAGAUCUUUGCAUCGCCGGAUGGAGAAGGCGCCUGGCCUCUGAGUCCAUCGGGGUUGACUUUUGCACAUGACGACAAGUCGCUGAUAAUCCAGGUCGAGGAGACCGGACGAGGAGUUCUUUACCAGCUACCUCUAGAGAAUGUCCGCCACUCUACUCCUGAUGUGCUGAAGAAGCUGACACAUUCGGGAUUUGUGACGGAGGUGUACCCCGCAGCAGCUAACUCUGGUAAAUUACUCAUCGCUAGUAGCAGUCUUGUGGACAACAGCAGGUGGUCUAUAAUUGAUCCCGAAUCGCCCAAGGACGUCCGUGUUAUAUCCUCGAUCGGCCGCGACGGUGCUUCUUUCGGGCUCUCGCCCACGCAGGUGGAUGAAAUCUGGUACCGUGGCGCCAACGAUACACCCGUACAUGCGUGGGUGAUGAAGCCGUCCAACUUCAAGCCGGGAGAGAAGUAUCCGUUGGCAUAUCUGAUCCAUGGAGGUCCCCAGAGCGCAUGGUGCGAGCAAUGGAGCACUCGAUGGAACCCGGCUAUCUUUGCCGAGCAGGGAUAUGUUGUUGUCACACCCAAUCCUCGUGGCAGUACCAGCUACGGGCAGCGAUUCACGGACGAGAUUCGUAAUGCCUGGGGCUCGCUACCCUACGUUGACCUUGAAAAGGGGUUUGAUUACAUUGCCGAGAAUCUGGACUAUGUUGAUACUUCGCGAGCGGUGGCUCUUGGCGCUUCUUACGGCGGGUACAUGGUCAACUGGAUCCAGGGGCACCCAUUGGGCCGGCGAUUCAAGGCGCUUGUGACGCACGAUGGAGUAUUCAGCAUGAACUCUAUGCUCGCCAGUGAAGAGCUCUACUUCCCGCUGCGCGAUCUCAAGGGGCCGUUGUGGAAGGUGCCUGAGAACUGGGAGCGUUGGGAUCCCUCUCGUCAUACAGCCCACUGGCAGACACCGCACUUGAUCAUCCACAACGAGUUGGACUAUCGGUUGACCAUCGCCGAGGGGCUUGCUGCAUUCAAUGUUUUGCAACUGCAGGGGGUAGAGAGCGCUUUCUUGACCUUCCCGAAUGAGAAUCACUGGGUGCUCAACCCGGAGAACUCGCUCAUGUGGCAUUAUACGGUUCUGAACUGGAUCAACAAGUACACGGGUCUUCCGGCGGCCUCCAGCAAGUAUGCCGAGUUCAGCGCGACGAAGGCCCCGUCAAUGGAGAAGCGGCUGGAGACUGUGUCAUUGUGAAAUGGGGGGGGGGAGGUAAAUGAGAACUAGGAUAAUGAUUUAGUCACAAGUUAAUACAGCGUUUAUUGUUUUGUGGUUGAUUCCAUUGUUGUGGGGGUUCUCACAAAGGAACAAUGAAGCAGCCCUAAUUUGGAGAUGAGCACGAGUGACCCCUGCGGGUGAGAUAAUGGACUCGACACAUAAAGGGAUUGCCGUGCGUUAUUUGCUUGCUGUGAGACAGAGAGACUUAAUAUAGCCAGUAGUCUUGUUCCAGCGACGACAAAAGUUCGAGUCUACGAAAGAACAAUAGAGGGAUAAAGACAGUGGUUUUGUAUGUGCAGCUCGGGGUGAUGUUUCGGUUUCGAGUUUUUAUAGCAUCUCAGUUGGCUG